CCAAGCCACGCUACAGUUCACCAAGAGACAAAAGCGACAAGGAUAGGGCCAACGGAUUGAAAAAAAAAAAAAAAGAGAAAAAUAACGAAUUACGUGAUAUAUAACAUACGGAAAGUUGUUCGAGUGCGUUCAAGUUGCGAGGACCAGUGUUGAACCGCGUCCAGUGUUAUUUGUAAACGAUCCAAGAAAAUCGGAUCCGAAGGAGAAUCAUCUAGUUGCUUUAUUUCCCCCCCCUCUUUUCAUUUUUCGUCAUAUUUCUCGUGAGAAACAUGCAAAGCAUCAACGGAGUGAAAAGUUUGUUUGUCACGUUGAUGGUGUUGAGUGUCCUGGACCUGAUCCUGAUGCCGACCACGACUCACGCGAGACCGCCACCCUCUUUGCUCAGACAGAGACGAGUAUCGGACCAGAGGCUCGCCGAAAUAGAAACGAUUAUUGGACUGGAGAACGUGAAAGGAAAAGUUGUGACGGUCCCCGUUGGAUUCGGUGUAGUUGAUAUAAAUAAGAUAGGUCGUAGACGAAGAUCCGCCACGAAUAAUCGACUCGAAACCCUGCAACGCAUCCUGAGAAUCGUUGCAAACGAUCCCGAGCUGCUCGACGACGAGAAGAUUCUUUCCUUGCCAAUGAAGAUGAAAGAGAGCCGACAUGCAGCCAACGACGAAUGGUUCAUUUAAUUACAAAGGCACCAAGGUAUCGUCCUAAAACACAGGACGAACACGAAGACAGAGUCGAGAGACCGGGAAACGCUUAUAAGAACCAAGAAAUCUAAAAAAAAACCACAAAAAAAAAA